UUCUCCCCGGCAUUUCUGCACCGCCGCCGCUUCCUCCUCCUCCUCCUCCUCCUCCACCGCCUCCGACGGCCCGAGUAUGGAGCCACCGGAGGCUGCCCCGACGAAGUGCCGCUGCGGGCUUCCCUCCACGACGCUGUUGCUGCUCCUCUACCUCAGCUACCUGCUGUUGGGCAGCGCCGCGUUUUGGGGGCUCGAGUCGCCCCUGGAACGCGACACGACGGACCUGCUCUUGAAGGAGAAGUGGGAGCUCCUGUUGAACUUUACUUGCCUGGAACGGGAGGCUCUGGAGCGGCUCUCGGAGACUAUCAUCCAAGCCUACAAGAGUGGACUUUAUCUUAAAGGAAAUACAAGUCUGGGCAGAUGGGACUUUGUCGGCUCCUUCUUUUUCUCUGUUUCUACAGUAACAACCAUCGGCUAUGGCAACCUGAGCCCCAAUACGGUGGCUUCACAAGUGUUCUGCAUCUUCUUUGCCCUCUUUGGGAUUCCCUUAAACCUCAUUCUUCUGAAUAGGAUAGGACAGUUGAUGCUCUCUGGGGUGCGUCUAUGUGCCUCCUAUCUGGAUGUGAAGUUCCAUUGGCAGAGGGGAGCAGUUGUCUUGACCUGGACUUGUGCCCUGGGUGCUGGCCUUUUAUUAUUUCUUUUGUUACCACCUUUGUUGUUUACUGCCAUAGAAGGCUGGACUUAUGAGGAAGGAUUCUACUAUUCCUUCAUAACUUUAAGUACAAUAGGCUUUGGAGAUUAUGUCAUUGGUAUGAACCCUACGCGUACUUACCCAGGCUGGUAUAAGAACGUGGUAUCUCUGUGGAUCCUCUUUGGGCUGGCCUGGUUAGCCCUGGUCAUUAAUCUCUGCAUCAGCUUAGUAGAAAAUUCUAGGAGACUUUGCCAAUGCUGCAAGAGAAAAAGUCACAACAUAGCACAGGAGUUAAUGAAUGGCAAUGCAAACAUUAAUUUGGAGCCAGAAGAUCAGCAGAAAUGUGAUAUGAAAGACAUAAAACCCGUGAGGCUGGAUUGAAUUUGGAACCUGUGUUCUUUUACACAUUUUUUCUAUUGAAGAAUGAAUGGAAGCAUCCGCAGGCAUUGGUAAAUGUUUUGUUUUGCCACUCUGAGAAAUUUUGCUAGCUGGAAAGUCAUCUAAAUGGGAGUUGACUUGGACACUUGGAUGACAUUGGAAAUAUACAUAUAUUUCCUUGAAAUGGUCUGGAACUGCUUUUUCAUGUGAUACCUUUUCAGUAUAGGAAUAAAUUGCUUUUUGAAAACAGUGAAGGAGUAUGUGUAACAGAAUAAACGCUGUUGUGAGCAUCUGAGUUGAGAAUUUGGGACCAUCACAGGCCCACUGAUAUAUGUGCAGUUGUUGUAUGCAUGUAACAGUCUUCCACAUUAAGACCCUCCAUGGUUACUGGAAAUUAAUAAAGACAAAUGCUUGUAAAAGGCAUUAGCUUAUGGGAGAUGAAUUACAAUAUUCUGUCCAUUACCACUUCAACAGCUCAAAAAUCAAGAUUAUUUCUCUACAGGCUAGAAAUCAGUACUAACAAAGUAGGGAAAGUGUGCAGAAGAUAGCUUCUGGAAUUCCUCCAGACCUCUUUAUGAGCGGUGACCGUAGGAUAUCUCUACAUUUUCUGUCUAACAAAAUUAAUACAUUGCAUCUAUGUCCAUUUAUACAUGUAUGUUCUAGAAAGCACAAGGUGAACUAUUCUGGGUCAUGUCACCUGGCUUAGAAUGGAGGAUAUCACAGCAAUUCUGAGUUAUUGCCCAAAAAAUGCUUAGGGAUCACUUGGGGGAAUUUUCCUGCAUUUUUUUUCCCUUCGGGAUGAUUUGGUCCAUUUUUAGCCCUGAAUUUCUUUUGACAGUUUCUCCUGCUCCUCUCUGGUCCCAUUUUGUUCAGGUUUUGGAGCAUUAUUCUUUUGAUAGACAGGCAGACAGAGUACUAAUCCCUAGGACAUAAUAUAUUUCCAACAUUCCAUAGGGUUGAAAAGAACAGAAGAACUAUCUGUAUUGUCACUUGUUAUAUAUGAGAGGGGGGUAUAAUUGUAUAAUUGCACAUUUAUAUUAGGUUCUUUGUACAGAUGCCACUCUUUUGUUUAGUGUAUCAUGCUAGCUUAUGCUUUCUCAUGGAAUCCCUAUGAGGGAUAUGAUAUAAACCAUUUUAAAAAAAUAAUUGUGAUAGUAAACAAGAUAGCAUUGUUAUUUAUUGUCCAUAUUUUCUUUACAAUUACCAAUAUAUGCUCACGUAGAGAUAUAGAUUAAUACCUUUCAUAGUGAGGAGGCAGAACCCUUCCUGCAGCCUUGAUAAAGGGAAUUAAUAGGGAUAUGUUCCAUGAAUGUGCCUCAUGUACUUUAAAUCAGUUUCAACUAAUUGCUAUCCCAGCAUUUUGUGGGAUACAAAUUGGUUCCACCCAGCUUCUUUUCUACACACAUCCAUUCUGAUUUAGUACAAUUCACAUUCACUGGUGAAGUUCUUCCAUGGGGAUAAUUUUUGAAUAUCUGGAACAUUCACAGUCUAUGCCAUCUAAGUCAGUCUUGUGCAAUUUGGCAUUCACCAGUGUUGAUUCCAGAUAGGAACUGUGAAAGUUGCUGUUCCAACAUGCUUGAAGGAAACUAGAUAGUGGAGGACAAGUUUCUCAUCUUAUAUUUUAUAUCGUUAUAACUUGACACUUGAUGAU